AUGCCAUCCUCGUCGAGGUCAGAUAGCUCCAAGGCUCAAAAGCUGGACAAUGACAGUUUCGUCGCUUUUGACCAUGCUGCGGCUGGACAUGAGGGCGUUCGCUGUACCCCCUCCGGCUCUUUCAUCGCGAAGCCUUGCACUCCCGCAGAGGUGGCGUUCUACGAGUCCUGCGCCCUCCACCCAGCUUUCGCCGAAUUUAUUCCGACCUACAUCGGAAGUUUGACCUCUGCAGAUGAACAACAACAGCCGCUUGCGCUCGCCAGUGCCCAGCCGGGCGCUAUCGUUCUUCCUAGCUCCGAUUCGUCCGAAGUAUCGACCGCUGUCGCAACCCCCCAACCGAAUGGAGACGCAAAUGCGCCCAACGCAGCAGCAGCAGCAGCAGCAGCCGUGGAGCAGAAUUGGGUUCCAUCGGGUGGAAAGAAGAUUGACACGGGAUUGUCAAUUGUGUUGGAGAAUGUCGCAUGUGGAUUUAAACGACCGAACGUCUUGGACGUCAAAUUAGGCGCAAGAUUGUGGGCGGACGAUGCGCCGCUUGCGAAGCGAACGAAACUGGACGGUGUGUCUAAGGAGACGACUAGCUCCAGCCUGGGGUUCCGAAUUGCCGGGAUGAAAGUGUGGACUGGUGUUAAUGGGGAGAACGAUGAAGGGGGCAAGACCAACCCGUAUGCGACUAAAUAUGAGGGUUCAGAGGGCGUAAAGGGCGAGGUCGUUGAAAAGGACGGCUACCGGCGUUACGAUAAGUGGUACGGACGUGCAUUCAGUGACAAGAAUGUUAAGGAGGGUUUCGAGACUUUCCUUGCUGGCGCGAAGGCUGGCUCGGUUGACCGCUCGAAGCUUAUCGCUAGGAGACUGGCCGAUGAACUAAAGAACCUGCAGGAGGUUCUCGAAUCCGAGGAGAGUCGGAUGUAUUCCGCCAGUGUCUUGAUCGUCUAUGAGGGUGACCCCGAGGCGAUGGAGAUGGCGCUUGAGGAGGAAAAGAAAGUCAAAGAAAACCCAAAAGAGGACCCAGAGGAGGAUGAAGACGACGAGAGUUUUGAGCUUCAGCUCCAGCAAGACGGCUCUGUUCAAGUGGUGGAUCUCCCGGUUCAGAAAAAUGGUCAACCUCAGCAGGCCAUUAAUAUCAGCAUCGAUCCGGAAACCAUUCAGAUGGGUGAUUCGGAUAUUGAAGAGGACGAGGAGGAACCUCCGAAGGCGCAUGAUCUCCGUCUGAUUGAUUUUGCGCACGCCAGCUGGACACCCGGUCAGGGACCGGACGAAAAUGCACUCAAGGGACUGGAAUCCGGAGGUAGCUCGCUUUCCAGUAUCCUGGGACAUUGGAAGGCGCUGACUAAGCCAAUACAACGCCGCUCCGAACAAUUUGUAUCGGAACUAUCGCAACAGCGAAACCAACCCCAGCAGCUGCCAACAAAAUGUUUCCCACCCGUGCCCUCCUGGGGCGUUCCGUCUGGAAAGGUGAGUUUCCCUCCCCCGAAGCCUACAGCGAUCACAAGCCCCAAGACAGACACAGCUCCGCUAACACAAUCCAUCGCAAACAGGCCCAAACAUCGUCCCGGCUGGAAUCCCACUAGUCUCCCUCUCCCCCGGAAGCUCCCUCCCCCUCCGAACACACCCCCGAUCAAGACGCAAAAGCGCGGAGCAACUAUUCUCCCUAACUUCGUGGGCUUGCGGUUCUCGGUGCACAACGGGAAGAAUUACCAGGAUGUUCUGAUCACUGAGGAGAUGGUCGGACGGAAGCUGGGUGAAUAUGUCGCGACCCGGAAGAGGUUUACGUAUAAGCAGUCGAAGAACAAAUAG